GACUGACAGCAGCUUCUCAACUGGAUUUAAACAUUUAAAGGUGCAAAAUGUCUGCCGACGCUAAAAUAGAGCUGAAGAUCUGCGACUACUUGAGGGAAAAUGGCAAAAGCACCGCGCUGGUCAUUUCUAAAAAAAUCGCUGGGGAUAAAAAGCUCGUGAACAAACACCUCUACAACCUGGAGAGAUCAAAGAAGGUGUUUAAAACCGACGGACAGCCUCCAGUGUGGAACCUUCUGGAAAACAAGAGUCAGAAAACAGACGAAGAAGAAGAAGAAGAAGAAGAACAUGAAGGCGCUGCUGCGUCUCAGACGAAAGAAUCCGCGCGUGAAGAGGAGCGCGUGAUGAAAUCUCUCAAAUCUGGAGGUUUAAAAGCCAGUCAGGUCGCCAGAGACCUGGGACAACAAACCAAAUCGACCAAAAAACUGCUCUACAGUAUGAUGGAGAAGGGUAAAGUACAGAAAGACAAGGAAACCAACGAGUGGACACUGAAUAAGGGAGAGAAAACCAAAGAGAGUCUUCACAGUCUGGCCUCAUUAUCAGGAUUGUCUGAAAGUUUUGAUGUGAUGAAAGAGCUUGGUUCUGGAGGCUUUGGAGAAGUUUAUAAAGUCAAACAUAAGUUUGAUGGCAAGAUCUACGCUGUAAAGAGAGUCGUCUUAACUGAGGAGGCUGAUUCUGAGGUGAAGGCUUUGGCCCGUCUAGAGCACCCAAACAUAGUGCGGUACAUCACAUGUUGGCCAGAUUCUGAAAACUGGACCGAUAAUGGAAACCAACUGCCCAACACAUCAGGUUCUUUAUCAGACAUAGUGACCUUUGAGAGAUCAGGCCCUGAAAAGCGUGAUGAUGAUGCUGAUGAAGAUGAUGCUGAUGAAGAUGAUGCUGAUGAAGAUGAUAAAGAUCUUGAAAUAUCAGGAAUAUCAAGUCUGAGUUUGAAUGGGUCGUAUUUAUUUAUUCAGAUGGAGUUCUGCGAGGGAGGAACACUGACUUCAUGGAUAGAUGACAGAAAUCUUAUGCGUAAACAGAGAAACACAGUGGAAACUAAUAAAAUAUUUUAUGAGAUAAUCAGGGGAGUGGAAUACAUCCAUUCGGAAAAACUCAUCCACAGAGACCUGAAGCCUGAUAACAUCUUGUUCACCGCCAAUGGGAAGGUGAAGAUCGGGGACUUUGGGCUGGUGGCGGUUCAGGAGAAUCACAGCAUGGGCGCUAUAUAUAGGACAGAGGGAAAAGGAACACCAUCAUAUAUGAGUCCUGAACAGGACAGUAAGAGGUACAAUGAAAAAACAGACAUUUUCCCCCUUGGACUCAUAUGGUUCGAGAUGUUGUGGAAAUUGUCGACUUAUACAGAAAGAAAGAAGCUGUGGCAAGAUCUGAGAGACCAAAAAUUUCCAGAAGGUUUCUGUGACAGAUAUCGGACUGAAAAUAAGUUCAUCGAGAGAAUGCUGUCCUUUACACCAGAAGACAGACCGAGUGCAAAGCAAAUAAAACUGAAGAUGAAGGAGUUUUUAUUUCUGAAUCAGAAUCAGUUAAGCCAGAGAACGUGUUAGGAUUCGUACAAACUGCCUCAACACCUUGGUCAGAUGAACAUGGUUUACCACAGUGAUGUUAUAAAAGGCAAAUGUUUUUAUAAUCUUAUUGUUUUAUUCAUGAUAAAAUUCACUUUUUAAUAUGAUAAUAUAAAACCAUAAAAAUUUGGACCAGGUAUUUUCAGAUAUAAUUUCAGAUACAGUGUAACAAACAGCAACCAAAAUGUAAUACUGUGUAUGUGAAAACAUUUCAUGUUGUGGGGAGAUUGAUGCUCAAGCUUGGAUUUUUAACAAAUGUACAUAUAUAUGAAAUAAAAAAGAGCAUUUGUGUCAUACUGUAAAUGUUUUUAUCAUGUAUUCUAAUAUGUUGGGUAAAAUAUUAAACUCACAUUUUGUAAGAAA